AUGCAGUAUCUGGACGGCAAGACCACCGUCACUCACAUCAUCGCUAGUAAUCUCACUCCCAAGAAAGUGGUCGAAUUUCAAAGGUACCGUAUCGUCAAGCCAGCCUGGGUAGUGGACAGCAUCCAGGCGGGAAAGUUACUUCCGUGGAACGAAUAUCGCGUUGUGGAUGAAGGCGACAAACAGAAUGUGCUAGGUUUCGACCAAGGCAAGGUCACGAGCCGCUCCAACGUCAAGACUAGGGGAUAUCGCGAUCAAACAGAGGCUAGUUGGUAUACUGGUCAGCUCCAGGGUACACAGGCCGGGCCUUCCAGUACACCAACACCCCUGAACCACGUGCGAUCUCGCUUCUCGAAGCAACGACUUCCCACGCCAGAGGAUGAAAUCGAGGACCAGCCAGCUUCUCGUCUGUCGGCCUCUGAUCGUCUGCACCGCAAAGCUGGUGGAUCGAGCAAAGUAGGAAAGCUGGUCACACCUCCCAAGACAAGCCCUCUCGUUGCCGCACAACAACAGCCUGGAAACCCUUUAGAUUAUCACAAUGAACUUGACGGCCUUGAUGAUAGCCUUUACGCUAACCCUACCACACGCCAUACACGACACAGGGACCCCGAUGCUGAUGCCACCAAUAAUGAAGAAUCACGAACUACUAGAAAGAAUUCACCUGACCCAAAAGGGAGGCCCUUGACCGCCGAGGAACACAAUGCUAUUCUUCUCAGUGACCCUAAGAUUCGCAAAUCGACCGUCGUCGAUCCCCACUUUUUGGAACAAUACUAUCGUGAAUCAAGAUUGCACCAUUUGUCGACUUGGAAGGCUGAUCUCAAGUCUCAGCUCCAGGCGCUGGCAAGCGAAAAGAGCUCAUCGCAACAAAGCAAACAGAAGCGGCCACCAGGCGCCCGCCGUUACGUUUUACAUGUAGACUUUGACAGCUUUUUUGCUGCAGUCAGCUUGAAGAAGAACCCUGAAUACAGAGACAAGCCAGCAGUAGUCGCACAUGGGCAAGGAAGUGGCUCUGAAAUCGCCAGUUGCAACUACCCAGCACGAAAAUAUGGUAUUAGGAACGGCAUGUGGAUGAAACGGGCUCUGGAGCUUUACCCGGAUGUGAAGAUCCUUCCAUAUGACUUUCCCGCGUAUGAAGAAGCCAGCCGUGCUUUUUAUGAUGCCAUUCUUGCUACUGGCGGGCUGGUUCAGAGUGUAAGCGUGGAUGAGGCGCUGAUUGAUGUUUCGAACCUCUGUAUCGCCGCUGGUGGCAGUGAUGGUCGACGACAGUCUGAAGGCAGUACCUAUCGCGAGCAGUCAAAGGCGGAUGAAAUCGCCCGGGAUCUCAGGGAGGAAGUCUACGCCAAAACUGGUUGCAACGUGUCUGUGGGUAUUGGCAGCAACAUUCUGUUAGCCAAGGUAGCACUGCGAAAGGCUAAACCUGCUGGGCAGCAUCAGAUAAAGCCAGAGGAGGUGCUACAUUUUGUUGGUGAGUUGCAAGUUCAGGAUCUUCCGGGAGUCGCGUCUUCGAUUGGCGGUAAGCUUGAAGAGCUGGGUAUGAAAUACGUCAAGGAUGUUCGAGAGCUCACUAAAGAAAGACUUGUUCAAACGCUGGGUCCUAAGACUGGCGAGAAGUUGUACGAGUAUGCACGAGGAAUCGAUCGCCAGGAGGUUGGCGAGCAGGUUGUGCGGAAAUCUGUUUCGGCAGAAGUCAACUGGGGUGUUCGGUUUGCGACUCAGCAACAGGCGGAUGAGUUCAUUGCGAGCUUGUGUGGUGAGUUGCAGAAGCGGCUGCUAAAAGAGAAGGUCAAAGGCAAGCAAUUCACCAUGAAAAUUAUGCGACGUUCGCCCGAUGCUCCUUUAGAUCCACCAAAACACCUCGGCCAUGGCAAGUGCGAUACUCACAACAAGAGCUUAGUGCUUGGGGUCGCUACGAACUCAAAGGAAAUCCUCACUAAAGAGGCCUUGGGCAUCCUGCGAGGAUUUGGCUUCACGCCUGGGGAACUACGAGGAAUUGGUAUCCAGAUGACAAAGCUGGAGCCGAUGAGGAGCGCUACUGAUGGCAGUCUGGAGGGAUCACAACGCAGGCUACAGUUCAAAACCGGUGAUGCCAAGCCAACCAUCUCUGCCACGAAACCUCCAACAUCUCGCCAGCUGCCCAAGUUCGUAAAACAAGACCCAAUACAAGAUGACCCUGAGACACCGAGGAAAUCGAAAACAGCCUUGGAGGACGAGCACGUUUCUUUUGGUGCCCAGCAACUCAAUCAGUCUACCCCAUCUCGGCGGCCGCUGAAUACUCUGGGGACGCAAUUUAUCAUGCCUAGCCAAGUUGACCCCGGAGUCCUGGCCGAGUUGCCAGAAGACAUUCGUUCAAAACUACUGCGUCAGACCAAGAACAAGUCUCCCACACCUUCAUCACAAAAUGGCUAUCAAGACGACCCAGCCACGCCAACAAAAGCGCCACCUUUUGUAAUGACAGCACUCCCUGCUCAGUCUCAGCUCGAUCCAGAAAUUCUGGCCGCACUUCCAGAGGACGUACGGGCUGAAGUUCUGGCUCAAUAUGCCGCCAACUCGGUAGCCUCUUCGCCCUCGCGACGUCCGAGGCACGCUGAUCAGACCUUACUACCCCAAUCUCCCCGCAAAAACAGGAUCAUAGGCAUACCGGCAAAGAAACCCAUGGUCCCCGUCAAGCGCGGGCGAGGUCGUCCCCCAAAAUCAGCCAUGCUCGCCGCAGCUGCCCAAGCCACAGCAGUCAGCCAUGACGGCAAAAGGCUCACCCAAGCAAACUUCAUCUCUCUGAAAAACCCUGCCCGUGAGAGCAUCAGCAGAGAACGAUCACUUGAACCCGUCAUCACCGACGAAGAGCAUGACACCGUACCUAUUGCCGCUAUUACCGCCAGUCCCAAACGGCCACGCUCCAACCACAACGAAGAAGAACUUGACCAUGACUUCCUCGCCGCCCUCCCCGACGAGAUCCGCAAAGAAAUCAUCGCAGAGCACAAACGCAAGAAACUCCAAGCCUUCCGCCUCUCCGUCACCCGCAAGGCAAAAACAAUGGCUGCUGCCGUACCACCCCCUCCACGGCCCGCCCAAACGAUUAAACUCCCUCGACCCAGGAAACCGACAUUUACCACGCAACGCCUCUCGCGGGAACAAGAUCUUAGAAGCGCGGUCAAGGAGUGGAUUCAGGAGUUUGCAGAUGAAGGACCGUAUGGCGAGGAUGUUGGCGCGCUGGUCAAGUAUUUGAGCAAGGUUGUGGUGGAGGAGAGGGAUUUGGCAAAGGCAGUGGGGGUGGUACGAUGGGUGGAGUUUGUGGUUGAGGAUCUGGAGGUUGAGGGGGUGUGGGAGGGGGCGGUGGGGAGGAUUAAGAAGGGGGUUGGGGAUGCGGUGGAUGAGAGGGGGGUUAGAGGGAAGGUGUUUGAGUGA